AUGAAUGUGUUGAAAUUACAGAAGAAGUACACCAACCUCGAUCAGAGUGAGCUUUUCGAGAUCAUUGAAAAUUUCAGAAGCAUCGAUUUGGAAGACACUGGCAGUGUUGAAAAGAAAGAUGUUAUCAAUGCAGUAUCGAAAAAAGGAAAGUACACAUACGACGAAACAAGAGAGACGUUGAAAGAUGUUGAUGUUGAUGCCUCGGGUAAAGUGGAAUUGGAUGAUUUUGUGCAAUUGAUGCUGAAGUUGAAGGAAGGGUCUUCAAGUACAGGGGGCCAAUCUGGAGGAUCUCUUGGAGUUCCAGCGGUUGGAGGAGUUCCAACAUCCCCACGGUCACCUAAGGCACAUGCACCAGUUGCUACUGCCAACCAGGCCCACAAGACCUAUAUUGGAGGUAAGACUAGUGGUACUACCCACACUAUCAACGAUGAAGAGAGAAUCGAAUUCACCCGCCACGUGAAUUCAGUAUUAGCUGGUGAUCCUGAUGUAGGAUCUCGUCUUCCAUUUGACACUAACACUUUCCAGAUUUUCGACGAAUGUAGGGAUGGAUUGGUAUUAUCCAAGUUGAUUAACGACUCAGUCCCUGAUACCAUCGAUACCAGAGUUUUGAACACUACCGGCCCAAAGAGAAAAACUUUGAACAAUUUCCAAAUGAAUGAAAAUGCCAAUAUUGUCAUCAACUCUGCUAAAGCCAUCGGAUGUGUGGUUGUGAAUGAGCACUUGAUCUUGGGGCUUAUUUGGCAAAUUAUUAGAAGAGGUUUGUUGAGCAAGGUCGAUAUUAAACUUCACCCCGAGUUGUACCGGUUGUUGGAAGAUGAUGAAACUUUGGAACAAUUUUUGAGACUUCCACCUGAACAGAUUUUGUUGAGAUGGUUCAACUAUCAUUUGAAGAACGCUAAGAGUUCUAGAAGAGUUAACAACUUCACUUCCGAUGUUAGUGACGCCGAGUGCUACACUAUUUUGCUUAACCAAUUGCAACCAGAAUACUGUGAUUUAUCUCCAUUGCACACCUCAGAUCUCUUAACUAGAGCUGGGCAAGUGUUAGAUAAUGCUGAAAAAAUUGGUUGCAGAAAGUAUUUGACUCCUACUUCAUUGGUUGCUGGUAACCCCAAAUUGAAUUUGGCGUUUGUGGCUCAUUUAUUCAACACGUACCCAGGUUUAGACCCAAUCGAAGAGGAUGAGAAGUUUGAAGUUGAAGAAUUUGAUGCUGAAGGGGAAAGAGAAGCCCGUGUAUUCACUUUAUGGUUGAACUCAUUGGAUGUUGACCCCCCUAUUGUAUCAUUGUUUGAAGAUUUGAAGGAUGGGUUAGUAUUGUUACAAGCAUUUGAUAAGGUUAUUCCCGGAUCAGUGAGCUUCAAACAUGUUAACAAAAAGCCUGCCGGCGACAGACCUUUGAUGAGAUUCAAAGCCCUAGAAAACACAAACUACGCUGUAGAAAUCGGAAAGGCUGCUCAUUUCUCACUUGUGGGAAUUGAAGGUGGUGAUAUUGUGGAUGGAAACAAGUUAUUGACCUUAGGAUUGGUAUGGCAAUUGAUGAGAAGAAAUAUAACCAGUACCUUAUCUCAAUUAGGAAGCAGUAAGGGAACAGCUUUGACAGAUGCUGAUAUUUUGAAAUGGGCCAAUGCUCAAGCUACGAAGGGCGGUAGAAGCACCACUAUAAGAUCGUUCAAGGACCUGACUUUGGGUUCUGGAGUAUUCUUGUUGGACGUUUUACAUGGACUCAAGCCUGGAUAUGUUGACUAUGACCUUGUUUAUCAAGGCGACAACUUGAGCGAUGACGAGAAGUAUGCCAACGCCAAAUUGGCUAUUUCGAUCGCUAGAAAGUUAGGAGCCUUAAUCUGGUUAGUUCCUGAAGACAUCAACGAAGUAAGAGGCCGGUUGCUCUUAUCGUUUGUGGGUAGUUUAAUGACGGUGGCUGAGAGCCAGUAAAUGUAUCAGUUAUAUAUGUAUUAGUAAUACGACUAGCAAAGAG